GUCAUCCAGCAGCUGGCGCUCAUCACGCAGAAUUCUCACGCCUUAUCUUCGCAGCGAUCCCAUCCUUCCGCGCAUGAUGUGAUGAUCGCGCUCGCGGAUCAAGGCAUCACAAAGCUCGACUUGAAGCGCCAAAUCAAGCGCCGUCGCACCAGGAGUAACCCUACCAUCGACGAGGUGCACCCGAUUGCGAUCCGGACACUUCCGGUGCCGUCCGUACUGCGCUUGACACUCCCGGCCGAUGCCACUGGAAAGCGUAAGGCCACCGAUACCAACGACGAUCCUAUACCAAACUGGGCCGACCCGCUGGCCAAAUUCUUGACUCAUGAAGGGCAGUUGCAGACGACUGCCGAGCGGCGCCGUUGUCACGAGCUGUCAGAAUACAAGGAUGUUCCGGCGCUCGGGCCUAUCGUCUGGCAGCUCUCAGAUCCCCACUACUCUCAUCUUCCGCAUCUUCCGCCGAGCUACACCUUCCUAGAGACACCUGUCUUUCCCAAGAAUCAGAAUGCACCGCUAUCAGCCGUACCGCCGGGCACCGCGUCGGAGACACCAGCGGUUUCGGUUGCCGUCCGCCCGCUCGAAUUCGUCGAGCUGAAGUGGACCAACUCGCAGCUCACGCAGACGAGCCUGAAAAGCCUCAUCAGGAGAAUCGAAGCAGCCCAGGCUGGGCUCUGGAAUGCGCAGAAUGAGGGACGUUCCAGGAUUCAAGAGCAGCGGAGCGAUUCUGUCAAGCUGGAGAACGUGCCGCCGAGCGAACGAGAUAGGGGUCCAGUUUCGAAGAAGAAACGUCUGACACUGCGUCCUAGCAUGUCAGGUAGCAGUCAAGCAGUCUCGCCCUUAUCUAUCACGCCGGACGCAGCUGGUCCAGCAUUAUCAGCCCCGCUUGCAGCCAUGCCGCCGCCAAUUGCCUCUACGUCGAGUAUCGGCGGGACGAAUAUUCCGCGGCGAAGCAUUUCACUCAACAUCCGAAGAGAGGGUCGACCAAGUUUGUCUGUCAUACCCCCUUCAUCUUUGUCCGCGUCCUCGAGCGUGUCCUCGUCGCCUGUCGUGCCGCAGACGAACGCAGGCCCAAGUUCUGCCAUUGUCAAGAGCGGCCGACUUUCCUUGCGAGUACGAACGCCUUCUGUGUUCGCCAGUCAUGGCGAGACAGCCGCACCACAUGCAGCACGCACCUCAAGCGCGUCGAUCGUCUCAGAUGCCGAGUCUGCGACAGCGCUCCCCUUGACAGCGCGUACACCCCUUUCAGCGCUAUACAGCGCCGGGGCAGCCAAGCUGGGCCUUGGCCUCGGAAUCGGUAUGCCUGUCGACGGCCCCAUGUCGAUGUCCCCUUUCGCCAAGACGCCGAGCACGGCAGCAGCACCUGGCUCGGCAGGAGGCGGCUACUUUUCGCGCAUCCACUCAUCCCUCAAUGCCCGUCGAGGCACCUUCGCAUCUGCAUUUGACUCAUCAAGCACCAAUGCAGCAGGCGAUCGCGUCCAAGUUGCCCCGCACGCGGGCUCGUUUGCCAUGUCGAGCCCCAUUAGCUUGCGCGUCGCGAGCGACACCUCGUCCGGAUUCGGAAUACCUCCUUCGACGCCUGCGACACCACUGACACCGCUCUACUUGGCGCACACGUACCCAGCCACACCGAAUGAAGCACAGAACCUCAUGGGCGGGUCCAUAUGGAGAGCGAAUCUGUUCGGAGUGGCCGACGCUGUCAGUGCGUUUUCUUUCCCGCCGCCAUCCCCCCUACCACCCGAUGUGAUUAGCGAUGUCCGCUCCAGAGCCGCAAGUCUUUCCUUACCCGGAAGUACCGCCGAAUCUCCCGCUCCUGCGGGGGGGACAGCCGUCAACGCGACGCCGGUAGCGGCCCAGCAGUCGCAGCAGCAAGGCGCCGAUGCACUUUUGGAAAGCCUGGCGUCACUACCUGGCGUGGUCAAUUUUAAGAAUUCGUGGUACCGCCCACGCGAGCUGCGCAGGGGAGCAAAGCAGGAGCCAAGGAUUGCGCUGGUGUAGCAUACAUCGCUGGUUCAUAUGUUCGUAGACACUCUGGAUGGGUGGCGCGGAUGACAAUCCAG